AUGAAUUCUGAAUUAUUCGCUUGUUAAUUUUGCAAAGAAUAUUUCUCUAUUCAAAGAGAGCCUUUUCUAUUACCUGAUUGUGGUCAUAGUGUUUGUGCAGAAUGUCUAAAUGUAAAAUUAAAAAAUGGAAAUUAAUUUGUAUGCAAAGAAGAUGGGUAUUAUAUUUGAAUUAUUAUAAAAAGUGUAUAAGUAACAAGAAAUUAAAUGAAUGAAUUUCCUAAAAAUUUUGCUUUGUUAUAGAUAAUCAAAAAUAGACCAACCAAUAGAAAAAUUGUAAUGAACAAUUCUCCAAAAUAAUUAGAAAAUGAAUAAGAUUCUGAUAGAUGCAAGAAACAUGGUGAAAAAAUGGAUGUUGUUUGUGUUGAUCAUCGUGUUAGGAUUUGUGCAAAAUGUGCAUUAUUUGGAGAUCAUGCAGAUCAUAAAGUUGUUAAUUUAGAAGAUGCGUUAAAAAAGAUUAUUAGAAGAAUUGAUGAAUUAAAGGAUAUGUCAGAAAGACUUGAUAAAGUUACAAAUGAAACCUUUGAAAUGUCAUAAUAUUUUAACAAAAUUGAAUUGCAUUUUUAAUCCAAUUUAGAUGUAUAAAUUAAGCAAGUCAAUUCAUUUUUUGAUGAAUUAACAUUAGUAUUAGAUAAUAAAAGAAAUAAAAUUAUAUCAGAAUGCAAAGAGAAGAUUAUACAUUCUUAAGAACUUUAUAAUAAAUAUAUUACAGAAGCUUUUAUUGAUGUUCAAAGAAAAGUUGAAUUAUGGAGAAUGACUAGUAAAGAUAGAAUUCAUUAUUAUGAAGAAUAAUAAAAGGUAAAUUCUAUUCCAUUUGAAUUAAUCUCUAUUUCUUCAACUAAUGAAUUGAUGUUAAUAGGUUCACAAUAUUUAAAAGAAUUAGAAUCUACAAAAUAGUAAAUACUACUUAAGAUAGAUGAACCAUCUUAUAGAGAAGUUCAUCUAGAACUUAAAAGUGAUUUAGAAUAAUUCAUAAAUACAUAUUUGAUUGUUUAUUAAAAAGAUCCUUAAUUUAAAUUAGAGAAUUCAUUAUCAAGACUUGAAUCAAUUACUGAAUGUUCACUUCUUAAAGAUAUAAAUAGUUCUAUAAUUUAAGAUCCUUUAAAUUAAAAUUAAAUGGAAUUAUGGAUCAAAUAAUAUUAAGAGAAUUAAUAGUAAAAAUAAUUAAAUCAAUAAUAUUUAUAUUAAUAAUAAUAAUAAGAAUAAUAAUAAUAAUUUUUAUAUACCUAAUAAUAAUAAUUGUAAUAAUAAUAAUAAUCAUAAAAUUAACCUUAUUAAUAAUAAUUAUCAUAUUCCAAUCAUUAACGUACAGAUCAACCUUUAACAUCAUAAGAAUUAGAUGAUUAAUAUUUAAAUAAUUUAAAGAAAUCUCCUUCAGCAACUACUUUAGCAACUAGAAGAACUGUAUCUCCUUCACCAAUCAGAAGAUCAAUAAAAUAAAAAAAAAUAAAUGAAAAAUUUUAACCUUUAAUUGUAAAAUUAAAAGGAGAUAGUUUAGAUUAAUGUGAUUUUAGUCAAGCAGAAUUAGGAGAUGAAGGAUUACUAUCUUUAAUAACAAUUAUUAAGAAGACAAAAAAUCUAAGAGUAUUAAAAUUGGCAAAGAAUAAGAUAUAAGAUGGAGCAGCGUAAUAAUUGUUAAUUGAAUUGAUAGAGAAACAAAAUGAGAAUGAUUAAGAAAAUAACUAAAUAUCAACUAUAAAUUUAUCAAGUAACAUGCUAACUGAUAAAAUUAUAGAUACUAUUCUUGAUUUAUGUAAAAUGAUAUAAUAAUUAUAUUUUUAUUAGGUAAAAAAUACUCUAAAAAUAUGCAGCAUUAAUGUUUGAAUCAGAUAUAUUUAAAUUAAAACAUCAUAAACUUAUCAAGAGUAAAGAAAAAAGUAGAUGAAAUUAAGAAAUAUGGAUUGAUAAUAGCCAUUUGA